CAACAAGAUGGCGGUAGUUGGAGUCAGGGCUGAGAGUGGAUAAAGUCUGCUAUUUGCAACCGGGAGAAGAGGGUUCACUCGCUCUCGUUGUUUGAGGUGAUGGAGGUGGCGGCGACGAUUAGUGAGGGCGAUAUGCUGCUCGACGAGUCGGUGGAGGAGGAAGAGGACAUGCAAGAACAGGAGGACAUGGUGUGGCAGAUGCUGGAGGAGAUGGUGCGGGUGUGCGCUGACGAGGCUCUGGAGGAGGCUGUGCAGGAACUGGCCGGGGAGCUGCUGGACGAUCUGCUGGACGAGGAGAGCGAUGAGAUGGUGGAAGAGUUCUACCAAGAGCUGCUGGACAGCGCCCUGAGCAGCAGCGAGAGCAGUUGCUUGGAGGAAUGCGAGAUCCCAGCGGAGGGGGUGUUGCAGGAAGAAUUUGAUGGUGUACUAACAGAAGAUAUACUGGUGAAAGGUCUAUCAAACCUCAGACAUUCAGCAACUGGAUUAGAACAGACCUAUCUCCAUCUCUCCCUUCCUAAUUGCAAACUAUGUGACAUCUCUAUUCUUUAUGAUUACAUUCACCUCCAGAAGUUGGAACUCCCUUAUAAUAAACUAAGAGAUUUGCGUUGUGUUAGUUGCAUGCCCUACCUGCUGCAGCUGGAUGCCUCCCACAAUGAAUUGAACUCACUGGCUGAUCUAAAACUACCCAAAAAUAUAAAGGAAGUAGAUUUUUCCCACAACCAGAUAUCUAAUAUGAAUGAUCUAUCAGACUAUCAGUUCCUCUUUAAAUUGAAUUUGGACAAUAAUCAAAUCCAAACAAUUGAAGGUUUGAGCAACUGUAAAAGUCUCAGCUACCUCAGCCUAGCAGAAAAUAAACUUUCGAAAGUUUGCGGUUUGGACAACUUGCCAAUUAAGUUCCUUUGCCUCCAAGGUAACAAGAUCACAGAUGUGAAGGGACUGGCAAAACUGAAACGCCUGCACAAGCUUGAUUUGUCAAACAAUAAAAUAGAAUCUUUGAAAGGUUUGGCAGACCAUGACCUUUUGGAAACAAUCAAUCUGCAGAACAAUCAGGUCAGAGAACUGAAUGAAAUUAAACACAUGCAAAACCUUGGACUUCUACGGAUUUUGAAUCUUCUGUGGAACCCAAUACAGGAACACCCUGAUUAUUUAUACUGGAUUCUUUACAUGGUGCAGAAACUGACUGAGCUGGAUCUUAAGAAAGUGAAAUCAGCUGAUAAGGUUCUGGCAAUCAACAAAUAUAACCCUCCAGCUGAAGUUGUAGCUGCCAAUGACCACAUUACCCAUAUAAUGUAUAGUUUUCAGCAGCUGCAGAGGAUUUAUGACAGCACCUUGCCUAACUUUGAUAUUCCAUAUCCCAUGCUGGUUCUGGUGGGGCCCCAGGCCUGUGGAAAGCGAGAACUUGCUCACAUGCUUUGCCAAGAAUUCAGCAACUAUUUUGGAUAUUGUACGACUAAAUUUCAGAAGCGCCUCAUUGGCUAUAAAGGGAAAUUUAUUGAGACAAUAAAAUACAAUGGACAUUAUUUCGGGCUCAGCAGAGAUGCGUUAGAAGCUGUUGCCAGAGAUGGUUUAGCCUGCUGUAUUCAUAUGGAACUUGAGGGAGUACGCAGCUUGAAGAAGACUUACUUUGAGCCUCGAUACAUUCUGCUGAUUCCAAUGAGAAAAGAAAAGCACAAGAAAAGGUUACUACUAAGAGGGCUGUACGACCACUCACAAAUUGAUUUUGCUGUAUCCAGAGUUGACACCUAUAUCAGUAUGAAUCAGGAUAACCCAGGAUAUUUUGAUGCUGUUAUUAACAGCGAUGACCUUAUGCAGGCAUAUCUGCAGCUGAGCCAGCUGCUCCAUGAGUACCUGAGCCUCAAUGAUCAAACAGGCAAUGAAAAAGACAAAGCUAUGAAUAGAGACAAAUGGCAGGCAACUGACUUGUCAAAGAACACACCGACUGAAGUUAACCAGUCAAGCCAGUGUAAAAUUUCAUCAUCCAGUGAAUUAAUGGAUUCCUCUACAAGGAACUACUCUUCUAGAAUACAGGCUAGACUGUCAGCAGAAAAAACACUCUUGGAACAAUAUUCUUUGGAACAACGCCAGAAGGUGGCACGGGAAGCUGUAAAGGGAAAACCUCCAGGUCCAUACACCUACCUGUUCAAAAGGGUUCGAAACAUCCCCAACAUCACCAGCACUAGCGGUGCUGUAUCAAAAAUCACAUCCUAUACAUCUCUUAUCCCCAUUGUCAAUUCAACUGAUUAUGAAGGGAGCUCACGCAGUUUAUCUCAUUUGAUCAGCAGCUCUGAAGCAACUGAAGAACAUUUUCAGGAGUCCUCACUUUCAUCAGCCGAAGUAUUUUCAGAAAUGAUUAAACCUAUAGAUCUAGAUACUGAUUCCUCGAUGGAUGCUGUCUCUCAGGCAGUACUAUCUGAAUAUAAACUCAUGGCAAUCUCAGGCUUCAAGAAAAUAGUAGAAGGUGAUCAGAUUUCUUUACUCACUGUAGAGGAAGCAAGGCCAGAACCAUGUAAAGAAGAAAAUGUUACAUCCAAAUGUUCUUCAAUCCGAAAUACCCCAUCUCCUUCUCCGCGACUUGGAUCUAACAUCAAGCCUAUUUUGCCUCCAAUUCCAUCAGGGCGAACAAGAGCUGAGAUCCCUGACAGUCCACAGCAAGCUGUCUGUACAUUAAAAUGAAAAUUUAAAAAAAAUUUUUAACUCCAGACUUAAAACUGUACCUGUAAUACAAAUGUUAAAAGUACUAUUAUUGGUAAUUUGCUUUAUUACUUAUCACUCUCUACUUCUCUGUCUCCAAUUACAACAUUUAUAACUUACAUACUGGCCAUAACAUGGUAAAAACAUCCCAAGAUACUCCAAAAGAAUAUUAUAAGACAUCGAGCCACAUUGGGACAGGUAACUAAAAGCUUGAUCACAGAAGAAGGAUUUAGCGAUUGAGGGAUGAGAGAGUGAAAGAGAGAGGAAAACAUAAUGGGACUUUGGGAAGGAAAUUCCAAAGCUUAGGCAGCAGUAAGUCAGAAAUCACACGUCACCAGGUUAUAGUCCAACAGGUUUAUUUAAAAUCACAAGCUUUCAAAGCACUGCUCCUUCAUCAGGAUUUCACUGGUCAGUGGUAGAGCAAUGAGAAGUGAGAUGUCACAAAAGGCAAGAUUUGGAAAAGUAUGGGGAUUUCAGAAGGCUACAGAACUAGAGGAGCUUGAUUUCUUUGGUCAGAUUCUUGUUAUUUUCUGGAAUCUAGUUCUUGGUAUACAGUGGUUCAAAUAAAAGGCUAAACAUCACCUUCUCAAUGGCAAUUUGGAAUAUGCAACAAAUGCCAGCCUUGCCAGAGAUACACACAUUCCAAAAACAAAUUUGAAAUUGUUUGUAUUUGCUCUUUAAGUAGACAUCAGUGCUGUUGACAGACAUGAAUUAUAUAACAAAUGCAGGGUUACAGGUAUAGGGUAGAGGGAUGGGUCUGAGUGGGAUGCUCUUUGGAGGGUUGAUCUUUAAUUGUAACUUUGUGUGCAUAAAAUCACAUUGACUGUUGUUUAAGUGCCUUGUUGCCAUUUCUUUGAGAGUAUCCCAGCAAUUCCUGACAAGUCAACUGGCCUGUUUUCUCUCUCUCCUUUCUUGAACUGUUAUUUUAGCACCCAUAAUCCACUAGAGCCAGUUCUGGCUCCCAAGGAAUAAACUGGUCUGUUGCUGA